GACACAACGCAGGUUACUGUCAGCGGUACUUAACUGAUGUACUCAUUAUCAUCAGUUUAUAGUUAAACGUUUAUAGUAAAUCGUUACAAUACUGUUACCGUCGUCAGCACGUCCUCGUGAAGUCUCCAAGCGAAGUACACGAGAUAAACGACUGUGAACAUACGGUUCCAAAUACCUCCACUAAAGAUGGUAGCAUAUUGGGGAGUUCAGUUCUGAUAGUGCUUGCAAUGACCGUAAAAGAAAUUGUGGUGUUUACAUUCGUACCGAAGAACUUAAAGUGCAGUUCACGAUGGCCGAGCUGAACGAUCAGAAGUCCAUCCAUCUGGACGAUGUGCUGGAACAGCUGGGAGCGUUCGGCCGCCACCAGCUGGUGACUAUGUGCAUGCUGGCGCUGGUCUACUCGACCAACUCCAUGUAUAAUGUGAAUUAUGUGUUUGCAGUCGAAGAUGUGCAGUACAGAUGCAGAAUUCCCGCUUGCGAGGAAUCAAACGAUACGACAUUUUCAAUGCCGUGGCUGAUGAACUCGUCGGAGCAGCAGGAAAGCGUGAAGCAAUGCGUCCAUUACGCGCCGGUACCCGGCUGUCGGGAAUUCAAUACCAGCGAACUGGUGCAAUGCAGUGAAUGGGUGUACGAAGUGCCCGACAGUUUCAUGGCCGAGUUCAAUUUAGCGUGUGAAGAUUGGAAGCAAGCUCUGGUCGGAACUGUCCACAGCUUCGGUAACAUGUUGGGGCUGCUCUUGCAGGGACAAAUCUCAGAUAGAUUCGGUCGGAAGACUGCAGCUGUAUUCGCUGGCACUAUGGGAGCUCUUCUUGGCCUAACCAAAAGCUUUGCUACAUCGUUUUGGUGGUAUAUCGCAUUGGAAGGGCUGGAAGCCGCCAUCGGUGAUGCCUUAUCACCCAUGUUCAUGUUAAGUAUCGAAAUCGUGGAGAAAAAGAGGACAGUGUUGUUUCAAAUGAUAUUACUCAAUUUUUACACUGGGGGACUCAUAGUAAUGCCGUUCAUCGCCUGGGCGGUGCCUUAUUGGCGCCACUUUCUACGGGUGAUAUACGCACCCACACUCAUUGUACUGACCUACUCGUUCUUCUUGGACGAGAGUAUACGGUGGCUCUUCAGUAAAGGAAGAAGGCGCGAAGCCAUCAAGUUGAUAGAAAAAGUGGCAACACGAAAUAAAGUAAAAUUAGACAAGAUGAUGUUGAAUAAAUUAGAAUACAUAGAUGAGGAAACGAGGACAGAAUUGAAACAAAAGAAACUGCUGUUGAAAACUUUCCGGUCAAAGGUGAUGAUGCAAAGGUUCCUCGUUUGCAUGGUGUGGUGGUUCACUAUCACACUGAUCAACUACGGAAUGAUGAUCAGCUCCGUUUUUAUUGACGGCAAUAAAUAUAUAAACUUCGCUCUACUUGUUAUGAUGGAUAUACCGGCCAAUGUGUUCUAUUGGUUAGCAUUGUCUAAAUAUAAAAGAAAAUUGCCUCUUUUGGCAUCUUUUAUUGUUGGCGGUAUCUUCUGCAUCUGUAAGCCCUUCAUUCCAAAAGGUUAUGCUUGGAUAGGUCUUACAUUAUACAUGGCGUUCGAAAUGCUCGCUACGUUUUCGUACAACAUCGUCUACAUGUAUACCUCCGAGCUGUUCCCAACGUACACCAGGAACUCGAUGCAUGCCAUAUGUUCCGCUAUAGGCAGAGUUGGAUCACUUGUUGCUCCACAGACUCCGUUAAUGAUAUCAUACUGGUCGGGAAUGCCAACAUUUUUGUUUGGAGUCACGUCUCUGCUGUCCGGAGCAUUGACACUCUUGAUACCAGAAACCGCUAAUACCGAACUACCAGACACGGUAUCUGAAGCUGAGAUGAUUGGAAAACCAUCGGUAAAGGAUCCAGUUGAUGGCAAUGAAAUGACUAGAUUAUCUCAAUGACGACUCUAACAAGCGUUAUAUUAUUAAAACUGAAAUAAGAAAUAUUUGUAACCUAAAGAGAGUUAACUUAAUUAUUUUUAAAAGCCUGAUAUAAACAUUACCAUAGAAUUCACGAGGUGAAUAAAAAAAUCCGGAUAAAGCAUAAAGCCUUUUUUUAUAUCUCCUAUCUUUUCUGUAUAGUGCCAAAUGAUAUUUAAGUAAAAUAAACAUUUUUAUUUUUUAAGACAACAAUUUAUCAAAUGCCAAUUAUAUUUCAAUCUAUGUGAAAACAUACUUUGAAUGUUCUAGUGCGAAGAUGCAAAAUUUUCAAGUGUUUUUACAUUUUUUAUAUUUCAGCCAUAGUUUGUAUUUUGCAGUGUAUAUAUUUUAAAGCGUGUAAGUAAUAUAUUUGUAUUUCUGAAUAUACAAAAGAUAGUUUCUUAUUAUUGUUUAAAUACGCUUAUGGGAUGAAAAGAUUUUGUCAUUUAGA